AUGCCGGCAGCUCUCCGCGAGCAGCGGCAGCGCUGCCGCUGCUCGCGGAGAGGUCCGCGAAGCCUGGGCGCGCUGAUCUCAGCUCGCGCAGGCUUCGGCAUGCCGGCAGCUCUCCGCGAGCAGCGGCAGCGCUGCCGCUGCUCGCGGAGAGGUCCGCGAAGCCUGGGCGCGCUGAUCUCAGCGCGCGCAGGCUCCGGCAUGCCGGCAACUCUCCGCGAGCAGCGGCAGCGCUGCCGCUGCUCGCGGAGAGGUCCGCGAAGCCUGGGCGCGCUGAUCUCAGCGCGCGCAGGCUUCGGCAUGCCGGCAGCUCUCCGCGAGCAGCGGCAGCGCUGCCGCUGCUCGCGGAGAGGUCCGCGAAGCCUGGGCGCGCUGAUCUCAGCGCGCCCAGGCUCCGGCAUGCCGGCAACUCUCCGCGAGCAGCGGCAGCGCUGCCGCUGCUCGCGGAGAGGUCCGCGAAGCCUGGGCGCGCUGAUCUCAGCGCGCGCAGGCUUCGGCAUGCCGGCAACUCUCCGCGAGCAGCGGCAGCGCUGCCGCUGCUCGCGGAGAGGUCCGCGAAGCCUGGGCGCGCUGAUCUCAGCGCGCCCAGGCUCGGCAUGCCGGCAGCUCUCCGCGAGCAGCGGCAGGCGCUGCCGCUGCUCGCGGAGAGGUCCGCGAGGCCUGGGCGCGCUGAUCUCAGCGCGCGCAGGCUCGGCAUGCCGGCAACUCUCCGCGAGCAGCGGCAGCGCUGCCGCUGCUCGCGGAGAGGUCCGCGAAGCCUGGGCGCGCUGA